CUUCCGGUCAGUAGACUUCCUUCAUUUCGACGUCGACAGAGAGCGAAACGUUCGGAGAGAUGCUCGGGUGUGUCUGGCUAGCGGCCAGGACCGUGGGUUCGGUGGAUGUCGAGAGUGGAUCAAGGAUGCACUCCAUCCAACCCAUGCAUUACGACCGUUAGAAGGAACUCCAUUGCUGAUUGUUACUCUGUAGACCAAAAUGUCAAAAUUACCCUCUGUGCUCAGCGCAACCGAUGAGGAUAUCCAGAUGAUGCUUGCCGCGGCGGUGCAUAUCGGUGCCAAGAACUGCGACAAACAAAUGGAGUCAUAUGUGUGGAAGAGGCGUGUGGAUGGUGUCCACAUCAUCAACAUUGGAAAGACAUGGGAGAAGCUCGUCCUUGCGGCUCGUGUGCUCGCUACGAUUGAGAACCCGAAUGAUAUUUGCGUGAUCUCCUCCCGGCCGUACGGGCAGCGCGCAGUGUUGAAGUUCGCUGCCAGUACCGGCGCGCAGGCGAUCGCCGGCCGCUUCACUCCCGGAAACUUUACCAACUACAUCACCCGUUCGUUCAAGGAACCCCGCAUCAUCAUCGUUACCGACCCUCGGACGGAUCACCAGGCCAUCCGCGAGGCCUCGUAUGUCAACAUCCCAGUCAUUGCCUUCUGCGACACCGAUGCACCGCUCAAGUUCGUCGACGUUGCCAUCCCUACCAACAACAAAUCUCGUCACGCUGUCGGUCUCCUUUGGUGGAUGCUUUGCCGUGAGGUCCUCCGUCUCCGUGGCACGGUACCGCGUACCACGGACGGCUGGGACGUCAUGGUCGACAUGUUCUUCUAUCGCGAUCCCGAGGAGGUUGAGAAGCAGCAGGCGGACGAGGCUGCUGCCAAAGCAAAUGCAUUGGCUGCCGCUGCUGCUGGGGAGGAGGCUGUUCCACAAGGACUCGCCGACUGGGAUGUGCAGGGUGCUGCCGCCGCAGGUGGGAUAAACCCCGCUCUUGCAGCUGGUAUCGCACAGGAGCCGGGGCUCGACUGGUCUGCGGAGCCUGGUCAGGCCGCUACUGACUGGGCGGCAGAACCGGCGACGUACGACCAGCAGGGAGCAAACUGGUGAGGCGUUGGAUGAGCGCACAUGAGGCGUGUCGUUGGAGCACACGUUCUCAUUUCGCCUUCGGUUUAGCUCGAGGGCUUGCAUUGCACCGCAAAACUAUGUAAAGUCUAGGGUUAAUCCUAUGAGACGCUAUGACUUCUUUUCUGUGCUAUGCGCUGGGACAUGUGAUGACAUUCGGAUGCACACGAAUAACUGUCUACUAGUCCAGAACUACUGACAAAUGAUCAUAUCAUGAGGUGAGUAAGGUGUCAGACCCUGUAUUUGAUCAAGAUGGUGGGUUGGGAGGUGUUGUCUCCCAUCGCCUCGCAUUCCAAUAAUACUUCAUCCUCCCCCGCCCCGCUCCAUAUGCAAAUAAGGGUGCCAAAACGGCCCCCACAAACCAGGGGGCCUCACUCGGGAACUUGCUGCCUGGUGGAUUGGCGUAUAUUAUGGCGGGCAAGCUGUAUUUUACAACCUCUGUUUCCUCCCUGUGCUUGUUGACAGCGUUGAUUGCAGCCUUUAGCUGGUCAAGCGUCACGCCCGCCUUCUUCAGGUUGUCGGCCUCGAGCGUGUUGAGCUCAUCCGCCAUGUGCUGCGAGGCGACGAGUAGCCAGCGAUCCAUCGAGGCCCGAAACUUGGUAGCAGAGAAUGGCUCUGCAUCUGGCUUCGAUGGAUCGACACUCUCCAGGUAAGAGAGCGUCUCUCCCAAGAGAUCCUUGAACUCCAUGUGCUGGUUAUGGUUCGACUCCAUCAAUUCUCCUGGAAGAUGAGGAAAAUAGCACUCCUCUUCGUGGAGGUGGUGCUCGUUGACGAAUUGGAUAUCAUCAUACGCAACCAGCCAGUAGUUACGCAGGUCGUUCGGUGCUAUAUGUGUCGCGUUCUUGUAUGUCGCCUCGAGUCGGUUCAGCAAACUUUGCCAGGCGCCGAUCUUGCAACACGUCGCUUGAGCUUCAGUCACGACUCGAUUAUUGAACAGGCCCCAGUCUUCAGUUGACAUGAUGGGAUAGUGACCAAGAUGAUGGAGUCUGAGUGCGAGCUGGAAGGCAG